AUGAAGCUCCAGAUUGUGGCUGCCGCUCUCCUCCUCUCCAUCCUUUGCCCAAAGGAAAGCAGCGCGAUACUGCGCCCAUGGAAAUCAGAUGACUCCAGCCAUAUCUCUGAACGGAUGGGUCGCAAAGCCAGCCUCCAGCUGGAGGUAGAGGAAGAUUACUCACCACCAUCUAGUCCUGCUUGCAGCCUUGCUGGACCUUCAGUUAGACAGGAACUCCCUGUAGAAUUGCAGUGUGAAGAGGAGGAAACCUAUGAAAACUACUACCAGAAGCGUGAUUCAACCACCGCUGCAGUGUUUGUCACCUCUAGCACCAAUUUUGACCUGCAAUGUGAAGAUGAGGAUCUGGAGCUUUACUCCUCUGAGCACUCUGAGGAACCUCAGGGAGGGCUAAGUGAGGAUGAUGAAAACAUCAUUCUUAUUGAUGCCUUUGGUGAGGAGGACCUGGAGCCCAUCUCUGGAGAAGCUUUGCCUUAUAGGUGCAAGAAGUGUGGUGCCUCUUUCCAGGAUCUGGUUGAAUUACAGGAACACAAACAGAUCCACCUGACAGAGCAUUCAUACCAAUGCCCAAUCUGUGGCAAAGAGUUCUUCCGUGCUGCGAACUUGCGAAUGCACAAGCUCGUUCAUUCUAGUGACAGGCCACACAAGUGUCCGGAGUGUGACAAGGGGUUCAUCCGUAUGGCUGACGUCUGGAGGCACCUACGCAACGUCCACAAGAUUGAACGUUCAAAAAUUUUAGGAAAUGGUAUGGUUAGGAACCCAUGGUCUUCAGUGCACCAGAACCAAAAUGGUGGCGGAGAUACCUAUCAGCAGUGUUCAGAUGACCAAAAGCCUGGAGGAGAACAGUCUAAACCUUACAUCUGUCCAACAUGUGGCAAAGGUUUCCAUAAACCUAAUUUGCUGUCGAAACACAAGGUGAUCCACCGACAGGACAAACCAUAUCAGUGUCAAGAAUGUGGAAAGUCCUUUAUCCAGCUGCUCAGGUUGAAAAGGCAUCAGCAAACUCACUCUGGAGAGCGCCCUUUCUACUGUGAGGAGUGUGGUGGAACCUUCACGCGGCUGGCAUCACUACAGCGUCAUCAGCGGAUCCAUACUGGAGAAAAACCCUACUCUUGCGCUUACUGUGCUCAAGACUUCACAGAGUCAGGCUCCUUGAGGAGACAUGAGCGCACUCACCAAGUGAAGAUGUCUUAGAGUCUAUAGUACCUCACCUGCUCUAGUGGUUGUUUUGUUUCCCUUCUUACCUGAGUGAAACCUGUCCACGCUUCUUAAGAAACCUCCAUACUCUAUGCACAUAGGUCAGUCCACAGCUACCUUCCCCAAAUAUUGCCAAUAUGACUCUAAUAAGGCAGCAGGAAGAACUCCAUGAUCUCUACAAGUAAAGACAUAAGUGAAGAGGAAAAAGCCCCCGUGCCAUUGAAGAAUGAGGUUAGAGAAUUUGUAGGACAAAUGUAGAGAGUGAAGC